UCAGCAGGCAGGCAUGUGGGAGGGAUCAGCAGGCGGAACGAGGCAAAACCCUAAACAGUCCCCCCCGUUCCCACAUUUACAGCUCCAACUCUCUGUCCUGCUGGCUAGAGAAGACGGAGUAGCUUACACCUGGAGGAACAUCUUCUCUACAACUACUUUUCCUGGGUUCAAAUAACCUUGACAAGAUUGAGUACUGAAGGAUAGAAAAUUUUGGAUUGUUUUAACAUGGCAUCUGUGAAAACUGUGCUUUAUUUGGGAGUCUGUCUGUCUACUUGGAUCACCACUUCUGCAGGUGGCAACCUUGUGCCCAAAGCCGAGAAUGUACGCUGGGUGUCUCUGGACUUUAAAACCAUCCUCACUUGGACAGCCAUACCAUCUAACUACAAAUACACUGUCGUGUACUCGCGGGCUGGCAGUGACUGGAUGGACAGUCAGCACUGCAUCCGAGUGUCAGAGUCAGAAUGUGAUCUGACCUUUGACCUUGUGCCUUACGACAGGAGCUACACUGCUGAUAUCAAAACAGAGCCUGAGACUUUGGACUAUGACUAUGACCUAGAGGAGUUCCCUCACACUGAUGCCCCACCCUUCAACCCCUACAGAGAGAGUAACAUCAGUGCUGUGAACUUCACUGUACAAGCUGUGGAUGAGAAAAUCAUGAUCCACAUCAUAGAUCCUCUGACCAGUAUUCAUCAGACUGGCAAGCAGCUCAGCAUCAGAGACAUUCUCAAAAAGGACCUCAAGUAUAAGAUCAGCUACUACAAGGCUGGAAGUACAGGCAAGAGAGACAUCAUAUCUGACUCCAGUACAGCAGAGGUGUCGGGGCUGGACGCAGGACAGAGUUAUUGCUUCAUGGUGGCAGCUUUCAUCCCCUCCAGAGCCAAAGGCACCCAGCAGGGAGCCUGGGGCAUACAGCAGUGUACACCUGGAGAACCUAACAUUGUGCAAGACUUAAGCCUUGGAGCGUGGGUCGGUAUAGUCUUCAUCAUGCUCACAGUCCUCAUCAUCAUCAUCACAGUGACAGUCCUCUGCUGCAAAUGCUGCCGACAAAAGAACCCAUCUCAGUCAUCAGCACCUGUUUAGUGUGUGUGUGUGUGUGUGUGUGUGUGUGUGUGUAGGUGUCUUUCAAGCACAGAGAGCUGGUCUCUCUUCAGUUUUCUAUCUCCUCUUUGUUUCUAGGAAAACAUCCUUUUACAUUGCUAGGCUGUGUGUUUACAGUAUAAUGUAGUUUGCAUUUUUUAUUUUUUGUUUUCAUUUACAUGAAUGUGAACAUGUGCAACUUGUUCCGACAAUGCAACUGUGUUAAGGUCAAACUAUCUGCAUUUUAAGCACCACCUGUGCAUUUCUUGCAUUCAUCUUGUGUGUGUGAUCAUUUGUACAUCAAGAAUCAUGUACGGCUUGGCUUUAGAAUAUCAAACGCUAACCACAGCAACAGUUCACAUUAGAAGAGUUGUGUCAGAAGCUCGUUAAGAAGAUCUAAACUAUGAUUUGUCUACCUGUUAGAUUGUAUGAGUGCAGACUAAAUGUAUAACAUUCCCUGACAACUUUAUUCCCAAGUCUUAUCUAUCCUCUUUUUUUUUAACUCAUUAUGGCAACCCAGUUGGGCUCACACUGUCUCCUUUAAACUUAUUUUUCAUGAUUUUUUGUUUGUAUUAAGCUUUCCCUAAAAGUUUUGUCAGACACAAAUCACUACUAACAGUACAGUAAACCAUGCUCUAUAGUGGCACCUAGUGGCUGUACCAUGAAACUUAGCAAACCCAUCUCUUAAAAACCACAUUCAUCUAUUGUCUUAGCCUUAUGUGUAAUUCAGACUCUUCAUUCUUUUGUUUUUAAUGUCAGAAAAGAAACUUUUGUUGAUCAAAAGGAUGGAAAAGCAAUAAAACAAUAAAAAUGGCAAAGCAACGA